AUGGCAAAACUCACGCGUUUAUUCUACGUUGCAACUGCUAUUUUAUUGAUGAUCGUCGUAUUAGAAACGGCUUCAACACCAAUCGAGCUUCACAAUCCCGAACCAAGAAUUUCGUUGAGUCAAUGCAUGACAGCAUGCCGUGCUGGCGUAACAGCCAUGGAAGCUUUUUGCCGUCUUAUACCUCAUCCAGCAAUUCGAGCUGGCUGUUGGGCUAUUAGUCUUUAUGCUGGUACUCCAAGUGUUGCGAUGUGUACUGGAUUCUGCUACAACUAUUUUGGAUCCAAAAUAAAUCAUUCCAGUGAUGUGUGA